AUGUGCCCGCUUCGCAGCCUCCUCCUCCUGUCCACCCUGGUCUUCCUCCACCACCUGCCCCACCUCAGUUUGGGCAGGAGCCUCCCCCCGACCACAGCAGGCCCAGGAAGGAGUUGCCUCAACUACUCCCAAAACCUGCUGAGGGCCGUCAGCGACACGCUGCAGAAGGCCAGACAAACCCUAGAAUUUUACUCCUGCACUUCUGAGGAGAUCGAUCAUGAAGAUAUCACCAAAGAUAAAACCAGCACAGUGGAGGCCUGUUUACCCCUGGAAUUAGCCACG